UCUUUCAUGAAAUUUUAAUUUUGCAUCCAUCAGCGAACCGUUAAAAAGUAGAGAAAUCUAAAACGUGUUGGUAUAUUUUUUAAACAUACGUGUAUUAGCAACGUCUACAUUUUGGAUGUCAUAUAAAAGUAAGAGACUAAUUGCUAUGUUGGAUCAAAUCGUGUCCGGUGCAACGCUCGUCUCAACCCUUCAGUUGAACGAUAGACGGGAAUAUAUUUCAAAAGAAUAAGAAAAGAAAAUCGUGUUUCGAGAAACUAAGUUGACAUGCAGCUUCUUCUUUAUGUUACAGCUAAUUUUUUAUUGGCUGUACUUGUCAAAGGCGGUGCCUUACCCGAUGCGUGUUUUGUGCGUUCCGAUCCAUCACAAGGAUUGGUGAGCAAUUACCGCAGUUACCUUAUUUCGAAGUCGAAUGAGUGGUUUCACCAAACUGAUAUCAACUUUGAUGACAUGGUAACAAAAGAUGACUUUCUAGAACUUGAAAAGAAAAUUUACAAUGAUGCCGAUAAGUUAAUCAUGAAGAUCAUGAAAGAGAGACUUCUGGAGUUAUGGAAAACAGUUUUCUUAAGUGGCAAGUCCAAAAUCUCGAAUGGUGAGUUUGUAAAGAUGAUGACACAACACUAUCAAGAACAGAACAUUGACUUCAUUGAGAAAGUACGUGAAUUUGAUUCGACAAUAUGCAAAAUAGUUGGCGUAGACAGUAUCUUGUCAUUAACAGCAGGACAGUUUACAAAUGGCCUUGCUGCAUCAGGAAUCGAUAACACGAGUGAAAAUUGGCACUAUUUUUGGAUUACAUGUAGCAGUAACAAUGACAUAAAUACGCUAUGCAAUUCAAUGGAGAAUUUUUAAUCAAAAUCGGAUUUUUCCAAAAAAUGAAUAUGAAUCAGACAUUUCAAGAAAGUGUGACGUUAAAAGUUUCAAAGGCUGCAUUGUAAACAUUCUUUGAAAUAAAUGAAAAAAGAAUCA